AUGAGCAGUUUCUUCUUGAUGCACGAGCUGCAUUUCUCUCCCCAUCCGAACCUGACCCAAUAUUUCAUCCCUCUGACCGAUGCGGAUUUUCAAGAGCGCUUGGAGCAGCACCGGAGGGAGACGGCCGUCAUGCUCAGGUCUUCGGAAUUCAACCAGGACAAGACGGCGCUGAUCGUCACCAACAGCCCGUUUCCUCUGCUGGUCUCCGGCACGCACCUGGCCACCCCUUUCCAGUACUUCCCCAAAGACUGGUUGAGGAGGCCUUUCCCGCAGAGCUUCCGGGAUCAAACCCCUCGCGGCUUGCCCCCGGUAGGGGGCUCAUCCAAGGAAGCCCCUGGGAUGGAAACCAAAAAGCUGAAAAUCCCGGGCCAACUCAGGUUUACCAACAAGAAGGAUUUCAAAGGCGAAGCCCAUUUUUCCAAAAAUUACGCCGAGAGGCGUUUGCAAAGGUUGUAUCCCCAGUUACACCUUCAUUCCAGAUUAGAUGACUGGAAAAACCAACCCCUUCCCAGGAUUCAGGGGUGGCCUGCCGCCAAGAUUCAGUGGGAGCCCCUGACCCUUUCCUGCCUGACUGAAAUGAAGCCCACCUUUCUUGUCCCCGGAGAAAACGGCUUUAGACACGGGAAAGCUCCUCUCUGGAUUGUAAAUAACUCAGUGGUAUUAAAUUCCCCCCAGUAA